AUGGGUAAUGAUGGGGGAAGUAUUCCCACUCGCCGGGAACUGGUGAAGAACGCAGCGCGCAACCCCAAUACCUCAGAAUUAAAGGCAACCCAGCAAGAAGCGCAAAGCCAUGCCUGGACUUACUGUCCCCUCUCCAACCGCCCUUUAGCAGCCCCCAUUGUCUCCGACUGCGCAGGCACAUUGUACAAUAAAGACGCGGUCCUCGAACAACUUCUCCCCAAGGACGACGACGUCCCAGCAUCCAUCAUCAAAGAAAAAGAAGACGUUCUACAAGGGCGGGUCAAAGGGCUACGAGAUGUUGUGGAGGUGAAGUUCACGAUUUCGAAGGAGGAUAAGGAAGAGAAGAAGAUCUGUCCCAUUACGAGCAAGGAGCUGGGUCCGAAUACCAAAUCUGUAUAUCUUGUUCCGUGCGGACAUGCGUUUUCGGAGGUGGCGAUUCGAGAAGUUGCAGGAGAGACUUGCGUAGAAUGUAACGAGCUAUGUACGCCCGAGAACAUCAUCACGAUAUUACCCGUCGGAAAGGAAGAUGUUGCGAAAUUAACAGCAAGAGCGCUGAAGUUGAAGGAACAAGGGCUUACACAUUCGCUGAAGAAGGCUCCCGGAAGCAAAAAACGAAAGAAGAACGCUGAAGCAGAGGCGGGUGAGAAGAAACCAGUUGCGAAUGGAGGAUCGGCUCUAGAUGGCCUAUCCGAGAAGACCAAGGCUCGAUUAGUAGAAAAUGGAUCAGGGAAUCCUCAAUCGAGGAGCGGAACUUCCACGCCCGUGGCAAAUGGGAUUAAGAAUGCAGCGACGGCAUCCCUAACUGCCAAAGUACUGGAAGAACAAGAAGAGCGAAACAAGAGACGGAAACUGGGACAAAAUGAAAAUCUGAAGGGUUUGUUCUCAAGUGGUGGGUACAGCGCUCAGGCUCAGAAGUCAGGAGAUUUCAUGACGAGGGGGUUUUCUUUGCCAAAGCAAAAAUGA